AUGCCUCCAAAAGGCAAGGCCGCGGCGAAGGCGAAGGGCAAAGCAGCCGCAGCGCCACCGGAUGUGCCAUUGCUGGAGGUUCCAGCAGCUCCAGUCUGCUUGCCUUUGCCGGAAUCCUGUCAGCCUCGCUGCGCCGCGGAGCGCUGCCUCCUCUUCGCCUCGGAGGCCAAGAGCAGCUACAAGGUCCAAGCGCGGCCCUGGAGCCCAGGCGACACCCCAGACAAGGCCGGCCGCAGCUGCCAGCUCUUCUCCUCCAGCACAGGCAAGAGAUAG